AUGGAAAGACGGGAUGCAGACCUGUUUGGGGUUGUGGAAGGGAAACGUUGAGAAAACAUUUUGGCUGUAGCAAAAAGGGAGGUGGACCGAGUUCAGGAGGAGGUAAGAGACAGAAUUAAGGACUCGGAUUAAGCUGAAGAAAGGGGGUUGGACCCCCUUUGGGCUACAGAGAGGAUGGAUCAGAUGAGGACCAAGAAAGGAGCGACGGAAUCCUUUUUAAACGGCCAAAGGACUAGGCUUGGAAGGGAAAAAGGGCGGGCUAGGAUCCGGCUCAUCUGUUAGCCUCUCAAGAAGAUGGACAGAAGAAAUGACUAUGGUUAUCGAAUGCCCACAUUCCAGGGCCCUCUGCCUCCCCCUGGGAGCCUAGGGCCUCCUUUCUCUUCAGAUGUACAGACUGAGACCACAGAGAAGGACAGCGUCCUGCUGAUGCAUACCCUGUUGUCGGCAUCCAAGGACCCACCUAUUGCCAGCAGGUCUAAGAAAAGCAAGACCAAGAAGACUUCUGUUAAAGCUAUUACUAAGACCACACCCACUCCCCCUCCAGUCCCAUCUGCCAAUGAUGUUGCUAGCAACAAGCCUAAAGUAACUCUGCAGGCUUUAAACCUACCAGUGUUCACCCAGAUCAGCCAGGCUUCAAAUACUACUGAGGCAGCUAAUGUCCAGGCUUCAGUUACUGCUCAGCCCAAGAAAGCCAGGACAAAGAGAGUUACUCCCAAGUUAUCCCUGACUGGCACUGAGGAUGUCACUACACAGCUCAAGUCACCCUUAAAGGCCCUAAAUCUACCAGUUACCUCACCAACUAUCCAGUCUCCAAUUGCCAAUGAAUCAGCUAAUUCCCUGGCCUUAAUAGCUGUCAGCAAGCCCAAGAAAACUUCUAAGGCAAAGAAGGCUGCCAAUAAGACCAUACCUAGUGCUACAGAGAUGUCACUGACUUCGACUGCCACCCACACAGCUACUACCCAAGGUCAAACUGCUAAGGAGACAGCUAGUAUCCAGGCCACAGCAGCCACUAUCCGAACCAAGAAAACUUCCAAAGCUAAAAGGACAACUGCUAAGACCAUAAAUACUGACACUGAAUAUGUAGAGUCCUCAAAUGCCCUGGAGGGAUCUAGCAGACAGAUUGAGGCCUCAACUGUAGGUCUAAGGCCCAAAAAGCCCAAGGGGAAGAAAGUUGCCAACAAAGGCCCCAAUUGUGCUUCUGAGCACUCUGAGGCGCAACCUGCCAUUCAAAUGGUCACAAACCAUGCCCUAUCAGUCACCGUACGGAUCAGGAGAGGGUCUAGGGCUCGAAAGGCUGCCACUAAGACUCGGGUUCAAGAAAGCCAGGCUCAAAUCACCGACCAAGGAGCUCAGGCCAAGACGGCUACCUCUCAGGCCAGCAUAAGUGCCCUUGAGACUCAGGUUGCUGCUGCUGUACAGGCCUUGGCAGAUGACUAUCUGGCUCAGUUGAGUUUAGAGCCCACAACCAGAACCCGGGGCAAGAGGAACCGGAAGUCUAAGCAUCCUAAUGGAGAAGAAAGAACUGGGAGUAAUUACAGGCGGAUCCCAUGGUGCCGGAGGCCUCCACCACCGCGAGAUGUGGCCAUUUUGCAGGAAAGGGCAAAUAAGUUGGUGAAAUACCUGUUGGUUAAGGACCAGACAAAGAUUCCCAUCAAGCGCUCAGACAUGCUGAAGGAUGUCAUCCAAGAAUAUGAUGAGUAUUUCCCAGAAAUCAUUGAACGAGCAAGCUAUGCUCUGGAGAAGAUGUUUCGAGUCAAUCUGAAGGAAAUUGAUAAGCAAAGUAGCUUGUAUAUUCUUAUCAGCACUCAGGAGUCUUCUGCAGGCAUUCUGGGAACGACCAAGGACACACCUAAGCUGGGUCUCCUCAUGGUGAUUCUGAGUGUCAUUUUCAUGAACGGCAACAAGGCCAGUGAGGCGGUCAUCUGGGAGGUGCUGCGCAAGUUGGGGCUGCGCCCUGGGGUUAGACAUUCACUUUUUGGAGAAGUGAGAAAACUCAUCACAGAUGAAUUCGUGAAGCAGAAGUAUCUGGAAUACAAGAGGGUCCCCAACAGCAGACCACCUGAAUAUGAAUUCUUCUGGGGCCUGCGAUCUUACCAUGAAACUAGCAAGAUGAAAGUCCUGAAAUUUGCAUGCAAGGUACAGAAGAAAGAUCCUAAAGACUGGGCUGCUCAGUACCGGGAGGCAGUAGAGAUGGAUGUUCAGGCUGCAGCUGUGGCUGUGGCUGAGGCUGAGGCCAGGGCUGAGGCAAGAGCCCAAAUGGGGAUUGGAGAGGAAGCUGUGGCUGGGCCCUGGAAUUGGGAUGACAUGGAUAUUGACUGUUUGACAAGGGAAGAGUUGGGUGAUGAUGCUCAGGCCUGGAACAGAUUUUCCUUUGAAAUUGAUUCCAGAGCCCAAGAAAAUGCAGAUUCCACCAACAAUCUCAACUUCAACCAAGGAGCUAGUACUAGAAAUAGCUUCAGUGAUGGCACCAAUAUUAGCUUUGGUGGUAUAAGCAACCCCAGUGGUGGCUUUGGUGGCAUACCCAACUCCAAUGGUGGCUUUGGUGGCAUACCCAAUGCCAAUGGUGGCUUUGGUGGCAGAAAUGGCAUUACCUUUGGUAGUGCACCCAACACCUCUGCCAACUUCAGCAGUGCAGCGAGUAUUAGCUUCGGUGACACAUCCAACACUAGCACUAGUUUCAGUGGUGGAGCCAGCAUUAGCUUCAGUGGCACACCCAAUACUAGUGGCACUUUCUGCAAUACAGCCAGCAUUAGCUUUGGCAGUGCAUCCAGCACCAGCACUAGUUUCAGCAGUGGAGCCAGCAUUAGCUUUGGCGGUGCACCCAACACCAGCACUAGUUUCAGCAGCACAGCCACCAUUAGCUUUGGUGGUGCACCCAGCACGAACACUAGUUUCAGCAGCACAGCCAGCAUUAGCUUUGGCGGUGCACCCAGCAUUAGCAGUACUUUCAGUGGUGGGUCCAGCAUUAGCUUUGGUGGUUCUCCUACCACCAGUACCAGUUUCAGUGGUGGAGCCAGUAUUAGUUUUGGUGGUUCACCUUGUACCAGUGCCAGUUUCAAUGGUGGAGCCAGCUGUGGCUUUGGAGGCACACUUAGCAGUAGCACAGCUGGCUUUAGUGGCGCACUCAGCUCAAGCACCAGUUUUGGCAGUGCACCUACCACGAGCACUGUCUUCAGUGGUGCAGUUAGCACCACCACUGGCUUUGGGGGCACUCUUAGCACCAGUGUCUGCUUUGGUAGCUCACCCUGCUCUGGUGCUGGCUUUGGAGGCACACUCAGUACCAGUAUCUGCUUUGGUGGAUCUCCUAGCACCAAUACUGGUUUUGGUGGUACACUCAGCACCAGUGUUUCCUUUGGUGCUUCUUCUAGCACCAGCUCUGACUUCGGUGGCACACUAAGCACUAGUGUCAGCUUUGGUGGCUCUUCAGGCACCAGUGCAGGCUUUGGCAGUACACUCAACAGCAGUACCGGCUUUGGUGGUGCCAUUAGCACCAGCGCUGGCUUUGGCAAUGCACUCAACAGCAGUGCCAGCUUUGGCGGUGCCAUAAGUACUGGCUUUGGUGGUGCACUCAAUAGCAGUGCUAGCUUUGGCGGUGCCAUAAACACCAGCACCGGCUUUGGCAAUUCACUGAACAGCAGUGCCAGCUUUGGUGGUGCCAUCAGCACCAGUUCUGGCUUCGGUAGUGCACUCAGCACCAGUGCCAGCUUUGGUGGUGCACUCAAUGGCAGUGCUGGCUUUGGCGGUGCCAUCAGCACCAGUGCCAGCUUUGGUAAUGCACUCAAUGGCAGUGCUGGCUUUGGCGGUGCCAUCAGCACCAGUGCCAGCUUUGGUAAUGCACUCAAUGGCAGUGCUGGCUUUGGCGGUGCCAUAAGCACCAGUGCCAGCUUUGGUGGUGCACUCAAUGGCAGUACUGGCUUUGGCGGUGCCAUAAGCACCAGUGCCAGCUUUGGUGGUGCACUCAAUGGCAGUGCUGGCUUUGGCGGUGCCAUCAGCACCAGUGCCAGCUUUGACGGUGCACUUAAUAGCGCUGGCUUCAGUGGUGCCAUCAGCACCAGUGCCGGCUUCGGUAAUGCACUCAGUAACAGUGCUGGCUUUGGCGGUGCCAUCAGCACCAGUGCCAGCUUUGGCGGUGCACUCAGCACCAACCCCGACUUUGGUGGUGCAUUCAGUACCAGUGUUGGCUUCGGUGGGGCACUUAGUACCACUGACUUUGGCAGUACCCACAGCAACAGCAUUAGCUUUGGCAGUGCUCCCACUACCAGUGUUAGCUUUGGUAGUUCUCACAGCACUAACCUCUGUUUUGGUGGAGCACCCAGCAACAGUCUCUGUUUUGGCAGUGCGUCUAACACCAACCUAUGCUUUGGAGGCUCUUCUAGCACCAACUCCUGCUUUAGUGGUGCUUCCAGUGCCAAUUACAGUGAGGGGCACAGCACCAGUUCCAUUUUCAGCUUUGGGAAUGGGCUAAGUACAAGUGCUGGCUUUGGAAAUGGAUUGGGCACCAGUGCUGGCUUUGGCAGCAGCCUAGGUACCAGCACUGGCUUUGGAGGAAGCUUAGGCCCCAGUGCUAGCUUCAAUGGUGGCCUGGGCAGCAGCAAUGGCUUUGGUGGUGGAGUAAAUCCUAAUGCUGACUUUGGUGGGGGACUGGGUACCAGUGCUGGCUUCAAUGGUGGACUAAACACUAGCACUGAUUUUGGUGGUGGACUGGGCACUAGCACUGGCUUUGGCGAUGGACUGGGCAGCAGCACUGGCUUUGGUGGUGGACUGGUCACUAAUGAUGGCUUUGCUGGUGACCUGAAUACCAAUACUGGUUUUGGCGGCACACUUGGCACUGGUGCAGGCUUUGGUGUAAGCCUCGGCACUGGCGAUGGCUUUGGCAGUGGGUCUAAUGCCAGCUUCGACAGAGGACUGAAUACCAUCAUUGGCUUUGGCAGUGAUUCCAACACCAGCAGUGGCUUUACUGGUGAACCCAGCACCGGCUCCAGCUUCAGUAAUGGACCCAGUUCUAUUGUUGGCUUUAGUGGUGGACCAAGCACUGGUGCUGGCUUCUGCAGUGGACCAAGCACUGGUAGCUUUGGUGGUGGACCAAGCACAGGAGCUGGCUUUGGCGGACCGAGCACUGGAGGUGGCUUCGGAGGACCAAGCACUGCAGCUGGCUUUGGUGGUGGACUGAGCAGCAGUGCUGGCUUUGGUGGUGGACUGAACACCAGUACUGGAUUCAGCGGUGGACCAAGCACCGGUACUGGUUUUGGUGGUGGAGCCACUAACCUCGGUCCCUGUGGCUUCUCUUACGGCUAAUGAAGUUUCAGGUUUGUUGCCCAUGUUUACAGAUAAUGCUAAUGCAGCAGUAAUUCCCAUGGAGCCAAUGUGCAGCUUUGGAAUCGUUGUCCACACAGCAGCCUAAGCAGCUACUACCCAUUAGCUGAGUGAAACACUAUGAAAAUUCUGCUGUUCCUGCUUUGUGUUUGCUUCCCGUGUUGUUGUCAUAUUUUGGUAUCAGAGUUACAUUAAAUUUGCCAAAGGAA